AUGAGCACUCUUUCACGACGGGAGGAGGAUACGUUGCUCAAGACUACCAAAGCCCAUGCCCUUAAGGAAUGUGAUUCAAUCGUGAAAGAUUUUGCCGAAUGUGCCACUGGUCGCACUGUCACCGUGGCUUGGGCUUGCAAAAACAAGUACAAGGCUGUCCAAGACUGCAUGUAUCGAUUGUGA